AUGACAGACACCGUGUUUGAGAAAAGCCACUCUGAACAUGUCGAACAGGCUUCCAGCUCUCAUGAUGGGUCUGGACAUGUCGCUAACAUUGGGACGGAUGCGCACGGCUUCACUGCAGAUGCUGAGGAACUCCCAAAGGGUUAUUAUUACUCGCCUUUCUUUCUCGGAACCACAGUUGCGAUUGGACUUAAUUUGAUGGGCUCAACUGGAGGCUUCGCUCUCGUAGCACCUGUCCUCGGCCAGAUCGCCGUCUCAUUGGACGCAGCAUCGAGCGUCAUCUGGCUGUCUCUCGUUUACACCAUGGGUUUGGCCGUUGGCCUUACACUUGUCGGAAGGAUCACGGAUACCUUUGGACGACGUUGGUUCUUCAUCGGGGGCACGGCACUUGGAUGCAUUGGUGCCAUCGUUUCGAGCACUGCGAAAUCCAUCAACGUGUUGAUUGGUGGACAAGUACUGGUAGGAUUGAGUGCUUCUACGGGCUACAGCUAUGCCUUUGUGAUUGGAGAGCUUGUCCCAGUGAAGCGCAGAUUCAUCUUCAACGCUAUCAUUUUCAUCUUCUCUUUUCCCACAGCCGGGUUUGGCGCUGCGAUAUCAACUGCAUUCAUUCUCAAAACAAGUGCAGGUUGGCGAUGGGCAUACUACUUGCUCAUCAUCCUGAACGGUCUCACUGCGAUACUAUACGGCGUCUUCUACUUCCCGCCGACAUUCCAUCAAAAACACGGAAAAGACCACGUCUCAAAGUUCCUUCGGACAUUCGACUGGGGUGGACUCUUCCUCUACACGGCUGGACUGGUUCUAUUCAUCCUCGGUCUCUCUUCUGGCGACACUCUAUAUCCGUGGGUCGAUGCUCGAGUGCUCGCACCUCUUAUCAUCGGCGUCUUGUGCUUGAUAGCGCUGUUCGUAUACGAGAGUUACGCCAAGUUGUCCCAGCCUUUGAUUCCCAUGGAGUUCUUUAGGAAUCGUGGUUGGGUCGCGUCCAUGCUGAGCUUGUCGCUUGGAGCGAGUGUUUACUACAGCCAGGCUAUCGUUUGGCCUCAAAUGACGGCAAAUGUUUACGCUGAAGGGCGUCUCAUGUGGGGUGGAGUGGUCUCCUCCGUUGUUGGUAUCGGCAUCACACUGGGCGAGAUCAUUGGAGGAGGGUUCGCAAAGCAUCUAGGUCAUUGGAAGCUCCAAUGCCUCACCGUUAUCACCCUAGGUACUCUCUUUCUAGGCCUCGCCGCUCUGUGCAAGCCCGACACACCAGGGAUGGCCAUUGCAUUUAUGAUGCUUGCCACGACUUUCGUUGGCUGGAACGAAGCCCUCGUCUUACCCAUCUGCACGAUCGUAAUCCCAGACCAAGCUGAGAUCGGUACAGCUGCUGGUGUUGCUGGCUCUUCAAGGUCAGCAAUUAGCACCGUUGCAAGCACGAUUUACUCCGUCGUCCUGGCCACAAGGACUGCUACGGAACUUGGACGCCAGGUGCCAGCUGCAGUCAUCAGAGCAGGUUUACCCGCUGAUUCAGUAUCAGCUUACAUGGCUGCAAUAGCAGCUGGUGCCCCCGAAUCGCUUCUCAGUAAAGUGCAAGGUUUGACACCAAAUGUUAUCGCAGCUGGUACGGAGGCAUAUCGCUAUGCCUACACAGAUGCUUAUAAGACCAUAUUUUUGGUCAGUCUUGCGUUUGGUGGGCUAGCAAUCAUAGCAAGCUUCUUCAUCCCUGAUGUUGAUCACUUGAUGGGCGGUAAGGUUGCGGCAACUCUGUCAGGUCGAGAGAAAGAAAAGUAUACGGAUAGGACGGCAUGAAUUAGGUCUUCUUAUA